GCGGUUGAGAUAGGUUUCAUUCCCUAUUUGACUAUGUAUAGCGAUGGUAGAGGCUGACGCGUCCUUCCGCAAAGUAACGAGCUCUAUACUGGAUUCGUCGACAGUGUUUUGUUUAGUGAAUAUGGACAAAUUAGUGCUCUUUGUGGCUGGAAUGAUCAUUGCUUGUGACUAUGUAGUUGCUGUGGAAGAAGAUUGUACAGAUUUCCAAGGCAAAACUGUAGAGCAUGGAGUAAUGUAUGUACCUGGUCCUGCUGUGUGUACCAUGUGCGUUUGCUACCAUAGUGAGCCAAUGUGGUGUCAAGCCAUAUACUGUGAUCCACCCUACUUUUGCAAGAAAUUUCGUGUUGGAGAACGGUGCUGUGAAUUUAUAUGCUUGGACCCACCUGGAGACACAGCUUCAAGAAUGCUGGAGGAGUAUAGAAGGAAGCUAGCGAGGAACAACAGUACUAGGCUGGAUGCUAGUUUAGUAUCUGCUCUUAUAUUUAAUUUAGUACAUUAUUUGUGGAGUGUAUCAAAGUAUGUUUGAAUGAAGUUGUCUAAAAUCUU